GAGCGUCUCUUGUCUUGGGCUUCUUGUCCCUUCUCCGUCAGCUACAUUUUCUCGGGAGUCGACAUUGCCAGCAGGCGCACUUACGGGCAGCCCUUCCCGGCGUCCCUAGCGACAACGUUCCGGGGGGCCUCUAGGGGCCUCGGGGCAAGAUGGCGGCGGCGGCGGGGUCCGAGAGGCGCGAGCGGAGGCCUCCGGGGCGAGUGUGAGGAGGGGUCCCGGGGUCCCGGGUAGGUCCGGGCCGGGGCCCCGCUGCGGAAGGGACCAUGCUACGUUCUACCGGCUUCUUCCGCUCCAUCGACUGCCCAUACUGGGCGGGGGCUCCCGGGGGGCCUUGCCGGCGGCCCUACUGCCACUUCCGGCACCGCGGAGCUCGGGGUCCCGGCGCUCCCGGCAGCGGCGGCGCAGCAUCUCCCGGCUCAGCAGGGCUUGGUUAUGACCCGUACAACCCGGAGCUGCCUCAGCCUGCUGUGCAGAGGGAGCAUGGCGCCCUGGGCGCGGACGGCGGCAUGCUGGAGCUGGAACUGGUCAACCAGGCCAUUGAGGCUGUGCGUGGUGAGGUGGAGCUGGAGCAGCGGCGCUACCAGGAGCUCCUGGAGACCGCCCGGGGGCACGGCGCCGCGGCUUCAGCCCUGGCGCCCUGCAGCCCUGCCGCCAGCAUGGAUGACGACGACACCUUCUCCCUGGCCCUCACGUAUACACCGGGUGGCCUGCUGAGCCCAGACUCUGGCUACCAGCCCACCCCACUGGCUGCUCCUGCUGAGCCAGGUCACAAGUACUCCCUGGCGCCUUCAGACCGGGGUGAGGGCAGAGCUGGCGGAGGUGCUGGUGCCCUGGAGUAUGUCCCCAAGGCUGUGGGCCAGCCACGCCGCUGUGGCCGUCCCGUGCCCGGUGGCAAGUACGUGGUGGACAGCUCAAAGCCAUCAACAGACCUGGAGUAUGACCCACUGUCCAACUACUCAGCCCGGCACCUUGGCAGGGCCAGUGCCAGGGACGAGCGGGCCACCAAGCGGCCUCGGGACUCCAGAGGUGCUGAGCCCUACACACCUGCCCUCAAGAAGCCAUGGGACCCCUUCGGCAGCUGUGAGGCCAGGUUCUCAGACUCAGAGGACGACGUGGCCAGCCCCCCAAAGGCUGAUGUUAAGAGCCCGAAGGCUGGCGCUGACCCUGGGAGCAAAGCGCCUGGGAAGCCGGCCUCCAAGGAGAGCGCGCAGCCCGGGGAGGGCAGCCUGCGGGGCACCAAGGAGAUGGCCGUGCAGUAUGACGUGGAAGACCUCGGGCAGCCUCCUAAAGCACCGGGCACAGUGUCCUCGGCCAAGCUUGCCUCCCCAGCCAGGGCCUCUCAAGAUGCUGGGGUCCCCAAGGAGGGCAAAGCCAAGAAGAGGAGAAGUGGGACCCCAGCCAGCGUCAGCCACCAGGACAAGGCCCACAAGAAGGACAAGAAGAAAGACAAAGGCCCAGCGCGGGCCCGAGGGAAGGACACGGUGUGUGCAGACAGGAGCAAGUCACAGGCCGGCAGCCCGCGGGCCAAGACCCAGGGGCCCGAAGGGACCAAGAAGAAGCCAUCCUCUGCCACCACAGUGGCCAGCUCAGGGAAAGGGGGGGCGGGCCGCCCCUCCACUGGGGGCCCCCAGGAUUCUGGGCCUGGUGCCCACGCACCAUUAGCCUGGAAAGGCAGCAGUUCAAGAAAGACACCAUCGGGGAAGUUAGGGGAACGGAAGGCCCGCUCCCUGGAUGAGGGUGCCCCCCAGGACACCCCUAAGCUCAAGAAGCGGGCCCUGAGCCAUGCUGAACUGUUUGGGGAUGAGAGUGAGGAGGAGGAGGGCUCGGGCCGGGGGGCCGGGGCUGGAGCACCCCGGGUCUGGCCCCCCAUCCUGCCCAGCCUUAGUUCGGACUCUGAAUCAGACUCCGACUCCAGCCUGGGCCUGGGUGAGACGCAGGUGCCCAAGCGUCUCAAGGCCGCGCCGCCCGCGUCCCCCGCACCGCCCUCCCCGUUCUCCUCCUCCUCCUCCUCGGGAGGCAGCCAGUGUGCGGAGGAGGAUGUGGACUACUCGGCCCUGGAGAAAGAGGUGGACUUCGACGCAGACCCCAUGGAAGAGUGCCUGCGGAUCUUCAACGAGUCUACCAGUGUGAAGACGGAGGACAAGGGCCGGCUGGCCCGGCAGCCCCCCAAGGAGAAGGCCGAGGAGAAGGCGCACGCUGGCCUGACCACUUUGUUCCCGGGUCAGAAGAGGAGGGUCUCACACCUCUCCAAGCCAGGCAAGGAGGCAGAGGCCCCAAAGAGGGUCCCGGUGGCUCCCCCAGCUCGGCCCCCAACUGCUCAGGAGGUGUGCUAUCGGCGAGCGCAGCAGGCUCAGAGGGACUCAGCCAGUUGGCUACAGGCUACUCCAAGGCCACCUGAGAGGCCCCCCUCUGUGCACAUCUCAGCCCCCGGGGAGAAGAGGAGGAUUGCUCACGUCCCCAACCCCCGCCUGGCUACCGCCCCCACAGGUGCCAAGAGGGCGCUCCCUGCCAGCAGCAGCCAGGUGCCCCACGGCCCCGAACCUGGCAGCCAGCCACUGAAGACACGCACGUUGUCAGGAAUGGCAUCCAAAACAACCAGCACCAUCACCCCCAAGCGCGUCGCCCACAGCCCGUCACUCCAGAGUCUAAAGAAGCCCGUUAUCCCAAAAGAAUUUGGUGGCAAGGUCCCCACUGUGGUCCGCCAGCGCUAUCUCAACCUGUUCAUUGAGGAGUGCCUCAAGUUCUGUUCAUCCAACCAGGAGGCCAUUGAGAAGGCCCUGAACGAGGAAAAGGUGGCAUAUGACCGCAGUCCCAGCAAGAACAUAUACCUGAACGUGGCUGUGAACACCCUUAAGAAGCUGAGGGGCCUGGUCCCCAACACCGGGCCCAACCUCAGCAAAGCCAGUGGCCGCAGGGUUGUGUCUCACGAGGUUGUGCUGGGGGGCAAAUUGGCAGCUAAAACCAGCUUCUCACUGAGCCGCCCUAGCAGCCCGCGAGUGGAGGAGCUAAAGGGGACUGCCCUGUACUGCCGCCUCAAGGAGUACCUGCUCACCCAGGAGCAGCUGAAGGAGAACGGCUACCCCUUCCCCCACCCGGAGCGCCCUGGGGGCGCUGUCAUCUUCACAGCCGAGGAGAAGAAGCCCAAGGACUCCUCCUGCAGAAUCUGUUGUCGCUGUGGCACCGAGUACCUUGUGUCCUCCUCGGGCCGCUGUGUGCGCAAUGAGGAGUGUUACUACCACUGGGGACGGCUGCGGCGCAAUCGAGUGGCCGGGGGCUGGGAGACCCAGUAUCUAUGCUGCUCGGCUGCGGUCGGCUCUGUGGGCUGUCAGGUCGCCAAGCAACACGUGCAGGAUGGCCGGAAAGAGAACCUGGAGGGCUUUGUGCGCACCUUCCAGAAGGAGCUGCCAGAAGAUGCCCACGCGGGGGUCUUCGCCCUCGACUGUGAGAUGUCCUACACUACGUACGGCCUGGAGCUGACCCGGGUCACAGUCGUGGACACAGACAUGCAGGUCGUGUAUGACACCUUUGUCAAGCCUGACAAUGAAGUUGUCGACUACAACACCAGGUUCUCAGGGGUGACAGAGGCCGACCUCGUGGACACGAGCAUCACGCUGCGGGACGUGCAGGCUGUCUUGCUGAGCAUGUUCAGCGCUGACACCAUCCUCAUUGGACACAGCCUGGAGAGCGACCUGCUGGCCCUCAAGGUCAUCCACAGCACGGUGGUGGACACAUCUGUGCUGUUCCCACACCGCCUGGGUCUGCCCUAUAAGCGUUCCCUGCGGAACCUCAUGGCCGACUACCUCAGACAGAUCAUCCAGGACAAUGUGGAUGGGCACAGCUCCAGUGAGGACGCCAGCGCCUGUAUGCACCUUGUCAUCUGGAAGAUCCGAGAAGACGCCAAGACCAAGCGAUGACCCCUCCCCCACCGUUACCAUGCCACCCUGCUGCCCUCAGCCCCGACCCCUCGGCCCCAGUGCCUCAGCCCCGAUGCCCUAGGCCUCUUUUCAAACUCUGUAAUAAAACAUGACAGCUGACCCUGCGCAUCCGAGCUCGGGCUACAGGUCCAGAGCGGCCCAGAGCCGGGGCUGAGGUCGACCCUGAGACUAGCCCCACAUGCCGCUCCCCAGUCCUGUCCCCUGGAGCCUGCUGCUGCCCAAGGCAGAGCUGGCCUGGCCCCUGUGCCCAGUCAGGCACCCCUCCCCCCUU